AUAAUGACAUCACAUGACAAUCGGUCGUACUUUUAGUUAGUUAUGCACUUCUUCUUACCUUUACUGCCGUCGUUCAGUCAGAUUAGUGGAAGGUAGUGCAUGGUUAUAACAGCGAUGCUGUAGCUAACGAUUAAUAAAAAAAACUUGAAGAGUAGCCAAAGCCAAUUUCUUGGACGAAGGAAAGGGAAAGGAUGGAACGAAGUAGUGUUCUUUUGGAGGUCGUCAUAUUAUUCUUCAAUCUUGCGUUUCAUAAUAAUCACGCUACGCGAUACAAUAGUCGAUGAACUUGUUGGUUGGACUCGUCAGUUAGCAAAUACAUAUCUGCUCGUUUUCCUUUAUAACUUGUAGUACAAUUCAUCCAGGUGUAGCCUCAACAAUGUUGUCCGUUGUCCCACAAAUGCAUAGUGUCGUAAUGGCUGUUUGCCUGGAUAACAUUAAAAAUAAGUGAAAAAAUCAAAUAUAGUUCGACAAUGAAAAAGUGUGUGCAUUAUUGUGCUGAAAUAUCAGAAAGAACUAAUAGCUAGGUGUCCAGGGCUAAGAAUAAUGAAUCAUCUUCCGAAAGUGGUAUUAUUUUUAAGUUUACAAAUUGCUGCGAAUGGAGUUGAAUAUGGACCUUCAAUUUCAUCGUUGACUGGAGUAUUUGUAAACUGGAGGGGACCGGAUCUACUCGCAAUAGAAAGUGGUAGGAAAGUGCGACUCAGCAACUAUCCUGGGCUCUCUGCCACACUUCCUCUCAUUUCUGGGUAUUCUUCAGCGACAUCAGAGCAGAUUUUUAAAGAACGUGGAAUUUCCACUGUGGGGGAAUUUGUGGUACAGGCCCCUAAGGGAUAUGGCAUAAUUGCGGUAAUUCAGGAACUGAAGCUUAGAAAAACUACUCGAGAACGGGGUAACCCGAAUGCUACUGUCUCAUGCAGUGAUUACAUUCAGAUUGGUGCCACGGGGGCUGGCGACGGUGGGAAAGUUGCAGCUCCCGAAAAAAUAUGCGGAACUGUGCUGAGGGAUGACGUUAAUCUCAAACCUUCAGGAUUACUAGGUCCAAGAAGUUUUCAAACUCCAACAGGCCAAGUUACUGUCACAUUUAAUCACGCUUACGUCACGGAACUAGUGUACUCGCUUUUAGGAUCUAAACAGAAACACAUUCUGAAAGCCGAGUUAACAUUUACUGCUUAUAAAGAUUGUUCGGAAGACGGUGGUGAAACGAAUUCGACUUCGUCUUCAGAUAAUGCACAAGAAACAUAUCAAAGUUGUAGUGACUAUAAACUCAGUUCAAACCUGACAUGCAUAAGCUCAAAGUUGACCUGUGAUGAUGUGUAUAAUUGUGGUGGGGAUAGUGAGACAUUGGGGUCUGACGAUAAUUCGGAGUCAUGUCCUGAUCGACCAGUGAGGACGACAACUGAAGCUGUGAUUUCUCCCGAGGAUAAUAUCGACGCUGAAGAAAAGCAGGGAUUAUCUGAUUUGUCAACUUAUUUAGGAAUUCCUUCCCUCUCUUCAUACACCCCAAGAAGUUAUGAGAGGAAAUUUCGUCCUUCGUAUGUUUCCGGUUCAUCCGGAUCUGGCUUCCUUUCCGACUAUGCAGCAAAUAAUAAGCGACAGUUUGAGAGGAGCUCGACCACAACGAUACAACCUAGUCCCUUGGGGGGUUCCAUCGAAAUUAAUGUGGUUGGGCCCACUCGAGAGACGAAAACAUCAAACAUUCUCAUCAAUGCUCAAGAUACACCUAGUUCUGAGUUUGAUAGUGAAAUUUACAGUAGAAGAGAACUGGCUCAUGCCAUCAAUUCUGUGAUAUAUGGGGUCGCUGUUUUCAUCAUUUUCACAAUUUUCAUAACAGUGUUCGUUGUCUGCUUAACCAAGAAAAUACAGACGACAUGGACUGCACGACAGGUACGACGACAUAGAGCAUCCGUUGUCGAACAGGAGGAAGCGAACAGUCAACGACAUUCUGUACAGAACGUCGGAAUCCGUUCCAGCAUUAUUAAUACCCUUUCACCCCCUGCGAGUGCGGAUGGCAAUGAGAGUCGAAGAGUAUCUGCUGCUGCAUGUGAUCUCGGAGUGUAUAAUCCAGUUGAUGUUAUAAUUGAUGAACUGGACUCGUCGUCGCCAUCGUGUGAUCUUCCCCCAGCUUACGAUUCACUUUUCCCAACUGACAGAACUUGACUCCGAUGAUGUCGUCAUUUCAUUAAAAUGUGUAUAAUUCCAGUCCAGAUUGUGGGAUUUCCCACCAACCAAACGAUGAUGAGUGUGUGUCCAAUGCAGCUAAAAAAAAUCAGUUUUUAAUUUAUUCCAACCAUAAGACAGUGAGUAUAAGGAACUGUUGUGCACAUAAUGGACCGGUCUGACUAGGUUGUUGCAGGAAUUACAAAAGGAUGAUGAUGACGACGAUGACAUGAAACCAUCAAAUGAUGGUCGAGUAAAUUGCAUUGAGAACAUUGAGACCUGAAUGAAAUGGAUAAAUUGCAGUUCUCACUCAAGGUCUCUGCCAAGGGUGGAAAACUUGUCUGACGAAAGUACGCGUAGCAAAUGCCAUAAUAUCGCAUUGGAUUGGCAGGAACUCUGCAUGAAAAAUUCACAAGAAGAUUUCGCGAUCGUGUUCACAAGGAUCACAGGAACGAAAAGUACUACUGUGUGUUAUUAAACUGUAUCAGUGCGGUAUCCACGUUCUCCUUAUCCAUCCAUAUUCAGGAUCACAACCACAUCAUUAUUGACAAACCAAAAUUUUGGUUGUUGUAAACUUACUCAGACUAACAAAUGCUUCCUACCAUUUUUUCUUCAAUGAGGCAACCUGAUUUCCUGUUUCUUCACAAGCAAGGCAACAUCUCAAAAUCUUUUGUUUUUGUGAUUUGACCCGAUUGAUACGAGUCCAGCAUCCUUUAUUUUACUAAUUGUGUAUUAAUUUUAAUUUAGAUGUUUAAUUUAUUUAUUGUAGCCUAAAAUAAAUCCAUAUAUUUGUUCAUUAAUAUGAGAAGUAUGAGAAGUUGUUGAACAUAACCUUAUUGUGAUAUAACCUACAGAGAAGGUCAAUUAUCGUUAGGCACUUAUUAUUUCAUAUCAAUCAGGUUAUGAAAUAAAUUAUCAGCAGUAGCAAAUGCUUGUAGUAGGAUUACUUAUUGUGAGGCUAGCAUGAACUGAUGUUCAAAUAUUUUUAUCAAACCUUAGAAAACUGUAAGGUUAACAAUAAUUCGUGAUGGAAUGACAAUACGCAAAAUAAAUAAAAUGAAAGUCAAA